CUGAAGUGGACCAAUCACAGGGCGACAUCGCAUUCGUCUCCGCGGCCUCUGAUUGGUCGGCUGCGGUUUCUGCACCGGAAGUCCCAGGGUGUGUUUCCGAGGGGCGGGGCCUGAACAGCAAACAGCGAACUUCCCUGAAGACGCCGCUCUCCAGUUUAGUGUUAGUAUAGUGUUUAUAGACUCACAGGAUGGAGCUGCGACCGUUCGUCAUGUGCUUUGCUCUCUGCGUGGUCUACGCCACCAGCAAACCUACAGAGAAGAAGGACCGUGUCCACCACGAUGACCCGCUCAGCAACCGAGAGCAUGACGACGGAGAGAACUUUGACUAUGACCAUGAAGCUUUUCUGGGACAAGACGAAGCCAAGACUUUUGAUCAGCUCACACCAGAGGAGAGCAAGGAGAGGCUAGGCAUGUUGGUUGAACGCAUAGAUGAGGACAAAGAUGGCUUUGUGACUGUUGAGGAGAUGAAGAGAUGGAUCAAGCACGCGCAGAAGAGGUGGAUUUAUGACGAUGUGGAUCGACAGUGGAAGAGUCACGACCUCAACGGUGAUGAAGUGGUGUCCUGGGAAGAGUACAAGAACGCCACAUACGGAUACAUUCUUGCAGAUGAUACAGAUCCUGAUGAUGGCUUCAGCUACAGGCAGAUGAUGGCUCGUGAUGAGAGAAGAUUCAAAAUGGCAGACCACGAUAAUGACAUGACAGCUACUAAAGAGGAGUUCACUGCUUUUCUUCACCCCGAGGAGUUUGAUCAUAUGAAGGAUAUUGUAGUCUUGGAAACUAUGGAAGAUAUUGACAAGAACGGAGAUGGAUUGAUUGACCUGGAUGAAUACAUAGGUGACAUGUACAACCAAGAUGGCGAUAACUCAGAACCUGAGUGGGUGAAGACUGAGAGGGAGCAGUUCACUGAGUUCAGAGACCAAAACAAAGAUGGGAAGAUGGACAAGGAUGAGACCAGAGACUGGAUCCUUCCCAGUGACUACGACCAUGCUGAGGCUGAGGCCAAGCAUCUGGUCUAUGAAUCAGACACAAACAAAGACGGCCAUCUGACCAAGGAAGAAAUUGUGGACAAGUACGACCUGUUUGUGGGAAGCCAGGCGACAGACUUCGGGGAGGCUCUGACUCGACAUGACGAGUUCUAACAUCCUCCUGCCUCCAGAGACUGUGCUCAUCUUGUAUUCCACCUGAUGACUCCUUGCACUGCACAUGCGGUGCUCAAUCAAGAUGAGCUCACCUCAUCCAAUGCCACGGACAAUAAUUUAUUUGAUUUCUUGAAUGUGUCACAUCAUGCACACAUUAAGAUAAGUAACGUGUACAUGUUUGGCCAGUGUGUCUUCCUCAUGUUCAGUUGUGACUUAUUGGGAUAUGUGUCCAACUCUACAAGCACUACCGUUUUCCUGCUAAUAUCUGGCUUUUUUUCUGUUUCUUUUUUUUUUUUAUAGAAAAGUUCAGGCUCUUAGUCUACAGAAGCGUUUGAUACACCAUUUGUUUUUGCAGUGCACUGGACUGUGAAGAAUAAAUUGGAUCCUGAGCGGAAUUUCUUUUUGUAAUUGGACCUAAACUGAAAAGACAAUUUUUUGAUUCACUUGUGCUGUGCUUCUUAAAUAAUGAUUGAUGAUACAGACAAUAUUGCUGGGAUUAUAAGCUUCUUUCAACCAAGAGUAGAUUUGAAAUUCCAGUGACAAUGAAGACUAUUUGGCCAAGUGCAAUACAAUAGUACCGGUGGAACUGUGCUGUACUUCCUAUACUAGUACCCAGAAUAUGUUAACACUAGCUGUGUCAUCACAGAGGUUGUGUUAUGUUUAGAUGAAGGACUCAAGAUAAGUUUAGGCACCUUUGGUUCCUCACUGGAUCACUUCUGUCUUAUCAAAAUCCACUUUGCCACGUUGAAAUAGAAGAAUGUCCCUCUGACUGGUCCAAUCUAAAAGUAGCCUUAGGAGACUGGUUAUGUUUUGACCUUGAAAUUGCAACCUUUUCUUUCAUCACCUCAGUGUGUGCAUAUGUACAUAUGUAACUUGAAUUAUUGAUGACUGAUUUGCCCCCCGCUUUUUUUUUUCUUUAGAAGUUUUGAGUUAUUGGAUCAACUGAACUAUCAACACGUGUGCCAAGCAAAGUAGUAUUUCUCCUGUUUUGUGAGCAAUUAGAUAAAGGCUGCUGUGUUCAAACAUUAUAAUUUUUCAAAUAUAUUUGUUAUGCUUUUACUAUUACUACUUACCUUUAUAACCACUGUUUAAAAUGUGUUAUGUUUGUAUAAUAUCUAAGAUAUUUUUUUUACAGGCUCACCGCAGUGACAAACCUUUCACUUGUCAAUUUACUGUAAAUAAGUUGUUGGUCAGCAAACUGCACACUCUUAACAAUCAGGUCCAGUUUUUCUGAUUGAGAACAAUGUCUCAAUAAAACGGUCAAAUUAGA